AUGUUGCCCAACAUUCUCAGGAGCAUAUUGCCGGAUGUCCUUCAUAGAUCCCUUGCUCCCAGACGAUCACCGUCUUCGUCGCCUCCCCCUAGAGCCAGCUGUACGCCCCAACCUUCGCCUUCCCUUGGCACACUCAUAGCCGACCGCCUGGAAGUUCUGGCCAAGGAUCACUUGGCUUCGAUCUUUGCCGAUGCCAAUGACCAAGCGUACAGCCUCCGUGUUCAAGCUGAGGGAGAGUUUGAGGACGUGGUUGCCGACCACAAGCUCGAUGUCGACACAAUCAAGGAGGACUGCAUACGAGAGCUUGGUGAAGUGGUUGACGACAAGCUGUGCAAGUUCAAGGAGGAGACUGAGGAGAUUGUCGAAACUGCCGUGGAAGAAGUGGGCACCAAGAGCGGUAAAAUUCGCGACGACUUUUGCGACGGGCUGGAGGAGUUCGUGAAGAUAGCUUCUGCUUCACUCAAGAAGUUGAGAGAAGGAAAAGGCUACCGCGAUCGUAUGUCGACGAGUCAAGACUAA